ACGCCCCUUCCGCCCUAACUGCCUCCGGGUGGCCCCGCCCCCCGCCCCGGAAGCACUCGCGGCGGGCUGGGGUUUCUGGGCCCGUCGGGAAGAAGCACUUCCUUUCUGUCCGACAUCUUGACGAGGCCGCCGCCGUCGCGCCCGCUCCCGCUCCUGCCGCCUCGCGAUGCCGCCCAAGGACGACAAGAAGAAGAAAGAUGCCGGGAAGUCGGCCAAGAAAGACAAAGACCCAGUCAACAAGUCUGGGGGCAAGGCCAAGAAGAAGAAGUGGUCCAAAGGCAAAGUUCGGGACAAGCUCAACAACCUCGUCCUGUUUGACAAAGCUACUUACGACAAACUCUGUAAGGAAGUCCCCAACUAUAAGCUCAUAACCCCUGCGGUGGUCUCUGAGAGGCUGAAGAUUCGUGGCUCUCUGGCCAGGGCAGCCCUUCAGGAGCUGCUUAGCAAAGGACUUAUCAAACUCGUUUCAAAGCACAGAGCUCAAGUGAUUUACACUAGAAAUACUAAAGGUGGAGAUGCCCCUGCUGCUGGUGAAGAUGCAUGAACAGGUCCAACCAGCUGUACAUUUGGAAAAAUAAAACUUUAUUACAU